AUGAAUAUUUUAAUAAUAUUUUUAUCGCUUCCAAUUUUUGUUUGUGGUAUUAAUACGAUCAGACCAAUUCAUAAUUUACCGAACGCAAGAGCACAUCGAUAUAUGGCUGCGCUCGGUACCACCUCAGACACACGUUUCGUCACUUUAAUGCCACCAUUAUCGAAAUCUGCUCAAUUACUACUCACUCAACAUCAUCAAAAUCGCAUUAAUCGACAUGCUAAACUCCAAAGAGCAGUGUCUGCUCCAAAAAUGGACUCGGAUGCUGUGAUACACGCGAUCGCUACACCUCACGACCAAUCUCUUGCUUCACUGAGAGUUGAUGGGCACUCGGAUGGAAUCAUACGUGUAAAAGCAUCUGGUGUUACGCAAAGCAAAAAUUUUAUUUUACCUGAAGCCAUUUUUGAUUCUCUUGAUGAGCCACUCGACCAUCGUACAGAUUCCCGACUGAUUGAUAACGAUGCGUAUCUCAAUUCGAAUUCGAUUCAAGAUGAACUGUUUGUUCGUAAACAGGUUCAACGCACCACAUUGCAAGUCCAUAAAUAUUCAACUACAACUCCCAUCCCUAACGCUCACUCGCAUAAUGUUACAAAAAUAUCAACUGCACCAUCAAAUACUACUUCAAAUGACAACGACAACAUUAUCAGUAAUAGUACUGUCAAUAAAUAUUAUACUGGUGAUAAUAACAACAAUAUUAACGAUGAAGAUCAAAAUAAUAACAGUGAUGCUAUCACCAUUCCACCAUCGAACACCCUCACUUCAAAACCUCCACCCAGAGCUUUAUCAUCCCGGGUUUUACCGACAAGAAUCACUCCUAACGACUUUCCUUCAUCGACUCAAGCACCACUCUUGCCACAUCUUGUUUCAACACGAUUCCAGAUCCCAUCAGUCUCUGAAUCAUCAAAAUUUGCAGCUUCAGCUUCAUCUAUGUUUCGUAUGCCCAAUCAGAUUGCAUCUUCACUGCCUCAAACACCUCAUUCUAUUGCUAAGCCAACACAUCUUAAUAAAUCACCCUCUUUCGAGACAACACCACCAAAGUCAUCGUCCAACUCAACCAUUCGUCGACCAUCAUCUGCGUUACGUUCAACCGCCGUUGUACCGUACGGAGCCGUACCAUCAGAAAUGAGUCCAUGGAUAGCGUUACCGGUUUUGGUGAAUACGACAGCAGCACAACAAAUAGGUCUCAUCGUUUAUCCCUCUCAAAAAGCCUCAUUUGCAGCUAACAACAACAUUCCCGCUUCUCCUUCAUUCUCAGCACAGCAGUCAUCCAUCAACAACAUUCCAUUCACAAACAAUCUACGAACAGUAAAUUCAACAAUGGCAACACCAUCUCCAACAGAUGACACGUUAGGGUGUAGUUGGGAUUUUAUAACGAACAGCUGCAAAGAUAUAUUCAAUGUUAACUGGUGCACGCAGUGUCAUGAUUUUGGUAAUGUGUUUGUACAUAACUGUAAGUGUAUUGUUCGAAAUGCUACACCACCCAAGCCCACAUUCCUUACUUAA